UGUGAGGAUUUUUUGGUUGUCCUGGACUUAUGGAGGCGAUCAGCGACUUAUGGCGGCGAUCAGCGACUUAUGGCGGGGAUCAGCGACUUAUGGCAAGGAUCAGCGACUUAUGGCGGGGAUCAGCGACUUAUGGCGAGGAUCAGUGACUUAUGGCGGGGAUCAGUGACUUAUGGCUGUGAUCAGUGACUUAUGGAGGCGAUCAGGGACAUAUGGAGGCGAUCAGGGACUUAUGGAGGCGAUCAGCGACUUAUAGCGGCAAUCAGUGACUUAUGGCGGCGAUCAGUGACUUAUGGCAGGGAUCAGCAACUUAUG